CGUGAUCAUAAGCGAUAGAUCGCGUUCUCCUUGCGUGGUGAAAUAUUUUCGUUCAUUUUUACGUUUAACGGAUAGUGUGAAUACAAAGUAAAAAAAUGGAUUACCGGUUACAGCUAACCAUAUUAAUUUUGGCUGUCUGUUUUUGCUGCGGAUUGUCGAAUAACACACGUCCGUACAACAUUCUGGUGUUUCUACCAACCGAGACAAAAAGCCAUUUCAUCGGGUUCAAACCUCUGCUGGAGUCAUUAGUGACCAGAGGUCAUAAUUUGACUCUGGUCUCACCAUUCGCGUUAAGUUCGUCGUUGCCACACUACACUCACAUCAAAGUGGAAGUCAACGAAAACGUCGCAGGUAACAUCAACUUCCUGGACAAGAAUUCGCCGAUGAAUCGAUUUCCGCUGUACAUGGUCACGCUGUGGAUGGGCCCGAUGAUCACCAAGAACGCGUUGGACAAGAGAUCGGUCCGGGACUUCGUGCUUGGCGACCGGUCCGCGUUCGACCUGGUGGUGGUUGAGAACUUCUUCCACGAGUGUUUCGUGACGCUCGGCCACAAGUACGGGGCGCCGGUGGUACAGCUGCUACCGUUCGCCGUCAACCCCCGAGUGUCGCAGUGGCACAGCAACCCGUACGCGCCUGCGUACGUGGCCGAGUUCACGGCCCAUUACGUGGCGCCGAUGACGUUCGCGCAGCGCGCCCAAAACGCCGUGGCCACAUUGUUCAACACGUGGGUCAAUCAGCUGCUGUACAUGCCCCAGCAACGGGCAAUCAUGGACGAGUACUUCGCGUACGCCGGCCACGAGGGCCGGCCCGACCUGGAGACGAUGCUCCGGAACGUGUCGCUCACGUUGGUCAACAGCCACACCAUGAUUGCCCCGGCCGCGCCGUACGUGCCCAGCUACGUGCAGGUGGCCGGCAUGCACACGAAACCGGCCGGACCGUUGCCCGCGGAUCUAAAAACCAUUUUGGACUCAGCUGAACACGGAGUAAUCUAUUUUAGUUUGGGUUCGGUAGUCAAGUCGUCAAAAAUGCCGCGAGAAACAGUAUCGCUUCUGUUGUCGGAAUUAGCCAAACUCAAGCAAACGGUUCUAUGGAAAUGGGAAGAUGAUCAGCUGCCUAACCUGCCGAAAAACGUCCAGGUCAAGAAAUGGUUCCCGCAAAACGAUAUAUUGGGUCACCCCAACUGCCGGCUGUUUAUCACGCACGGCGGCAUACUCAGCCUGAUCGAGGCCAUCUAUCACGGCGUGCCAAUGCUGUCUAUACCAGUAUUCGGUGACCAGACGCACAAUUCGAUGGAAGCUGAGAGUAGGGGAUUCGCUUUAUACGUGCCCUACUUUGAACUGACUGCAGAGGCUUUCGGAACAAAACUUCAACAAAUUUUGCGAAAUCCAAGGUUCGGCGAGGCGGCAGCGAAAGCAUCGUCGAUAAUGUGGGACAACCCGAUAUCCAUCAUAGAUAAUGCCGUAUUUUGGAUCGAAUUCGUCGUCCGGCACAAAGGUGCGCCCCAUCUGCGUACAACCGCCAACCAACUUUACUGGUUUCAAUAUUACAUGUUAGACGUGAUAGCAGUGGCCGCGGUUGCUUUUGCUAUCGUUUCAUACCUCAAUUUCAAGUGCUUGUCGUACUUGCUAAAGAAAAUAAUCGGUGGCAACGCUAAGUCCUCAAAAGUACUAAAAAGCAAAAAGAAGAAACAAUGAUAAUACAUAAUAAUUUUAUAUAGGUACUCAUACAGCUGAUCAUCGCCACUUUAUAGCCUUAUAGGGAGUUAUCUCUCGCGUACUGUUCAAAUUAUUAAUAAAAUAUAAUUAUAUCUGCUUAUAUAUAUAUACUUAUAAAUAGAUUUUAUUUGUACUCAUAUUUAUAUUUACCUAGAUACCUGUAUGGAUAUAAAAAACGAAUACGGGUAAUUGUAACUUCGUCCGUAAGACUAAAAUAAUAGACCUCCAUUUUUAUACUUUUGUGAGAAGUGAAAUGUGACAUAUUAUGUACAAUUUUAUAUUCUAAAUACAGAAGCAAUUAUACACUUAAA